GCGGUGCCGGCGCGCGGCGCGGACGCCGCUUCCAGUGCGGUAGCCACAGCGAGCGGCUGGGCUGAAGCCCCACCCAGUGCGGAGCGCGCCGCCCGCUCCAGCGCCUCCGCCCGCCCGCCCGCCGAGCGAGCCGGCCCCGGGCCAUGUACUCGGGGAACCGCAGCGGCGAACAGGGCUACUGGGAGGGCGGCGGGGCCGCGGGCGCUGAGGGGCCGGGGCCGGCGGGUACGCUAAGCCCCGCGCCACUCUUCAGUCCGAGCACCUACGAGCGCUUGGCGCUGCUGCUCGGCUCCAUCGGGCUGCUGGGCGUCGGCAGCAACCUGCUGGUGCUGGUCCUCUACUACAAGUUCCAGCGGCUGCGCACUCCCACGCUUCUCUUCCUGGUCAACAUCAGCCUCAGCGACCUGCUGGUGUCCGUCUUCGGAGUCACCUUUACCUUCGUGUCCUGCCUGAGGAACGGCUGGGUGUGGGACACCGUGGGCUGCGUGUGGGACGGGUUUAGCAGCAGCCUCUUCGGUGCUGGUUCAAGUCCUGGCUGCUCCACUUCCAAUCUGGCUACCUGCUGAUGGCCUGAGAAAGCAGUAGAAGAUGGCCCAAGUGUUGGGCCCCACACCCACAUGGGAGAACAGGAAGAAGCUUGUGGCUUCAGAUCCGCCCAGCUCUGGCUGUUGCAGCCAUUUGGGGAAUGAACCAGCAGAUGGAAGGCCUCUCUCUCUCUCUCUCUCUCUCUCUGUCUCUCCCUCUUUCUCCCUGUAACUCUGCCUCUCAAUUAAAUAAAUCUUUAAAAAGAUACCCAGAUGAAAACAUAUCAUGAGUUAAAUUAGACAUAUUAGAUUUCUCCAGAAAACAAGUUCCAUCAAAUCUUCAAGGAAAUAAAGUAGGAUAAAGAAUUUGAGAUCCAAUUAGUCUAUCAUUCAAGUAUCAACUCAACAAAUAAUUUUGAAAAUGAAAAAUAUCAGCAUUGAAAGUCCUUAUUAAGAUGAAUUUUCAGAGUAAGUCCCAAUCAAAGGACUAGCAAUAAGCAUUUGUGUUUUCAGUUCAUGGAAGAUAUGUUUUUUCUGUUUAGGAAAGAGUUCAUUUUUAAAAACUGCCUUUUCCUGCCAACCUAGUUAACUGAAAGACUAAAAUUGAAAGCAAUGUAGAGAUUAUGGUCAGAGAACAGGAAAGAACAAUAGCCUUGGAUUGGAGACAUGCUAUAAUUGAAGUGAAAGAUAUGGGAAGGGAAGAAGGUGAGAAGUUAGUCUAAGCAUACUAAUGUAACCUUUCAUACUUUUUGUCAAAUGAUAAAAAGCAAUACAUUUGUAGAAGUUAAUACAAAUAAACAUGGCAUCACCAAUGUGUCUCAUUUAGUCAGUCAUCCUGAGAACAAAUGAAAUGAGAGGAUGGUGGGUUCAGAAGUACUUUUUUGAUAUUUAGCGUUCUUGAUUCUCACAUGGACAGUUUUGAAUUUACUGUAUAAAUUGUCUUUGGCAUCAAAUUGCUGUUAGUUCUACUUUUAAGUUAACAGACUGUGAUGAUUUCAGGGAGAGAAUGUGAUACCUCUUUUACACAUUGCUAUUCUGUUAGUUAAGCUUGGGCUGCUAUUCGUUUUGCCCUUCUUUUAUUACCUCUUUGAGGUUAAUGAGACAUGUAAGUUAUUUUUCAGGUAAAUAUUCCAUUAUAAUUCCUUAUGGGAAAAAUAGCUUAGUUCAAUGAAUUUAACUUAUAAUGACUGGCCGGCGCCGCGGCUCACUAGGCUAAUCCUCCACCUAGCAGCGCCGGCACACCAGGUUCUAGUCCCAGUCGGGGCACCAGAUUCUUUCCCGGCUGCCCCUCUUCCAGGCCAGCUCUCUGCUGUGGCCAGGGAAGGCAGUGGAGGAUGGCCCAAGUGCUUAGGCCCUGCACCCCAUGGGAGACCAGGAGAAGCACCUGGCUCCUGCCUUCGGAUCAGCGUGGUGCGCCAGCCGCAGCACGCCAGCUGUGGCGGCCAUUGGAGGGUGAACCAACAGCAAAAGGAAGACCUUUCUCUCUGUCUCUCUCUCACUAUCCACUCUGCCUGUCAAAAAAUAAAUAAAUAAAUAAAUAAAACUUAUAAUGAUUAACUGUGGAUUGGCUAUCAAUGCUUUUAGUCUCUGAACACAUUUUUAAAUUUUUGUUUGAGAUAUCAGUAAUAUACAAAAAGUUCCAGGUAAUUAUAAAGAGACACAGUAUGCUUGGUUAUAAUUUUCCAGUUAUCAAGUCAAAUGGUCCAUAUCUUUGACAUUUAUUUUAUUUAUGUGAAAGGCAGAGUAACAGAGAGGAAGAGACAAAGAGAAGUCUUCCAUAUGCUACCUGGUUCACUCCUCAAAUGGCCACAAUGAUCUGGGCUGGGCCAGGUAGAAUCCAGGAGCCCAGAACUCCAUCCAGGUCUCCCACAUGGGUGGCAGGUACCCAGGCAGUUAGACCACCAUAUACUAUUUUCCUAGGUGCAUUAGCAGGGAGUUGGAUCAGAAGCAGAACAGCUUGGAUUUGAAUCAGCACUCUAUAUAAGAUCCUGGCAUAGCAGGGGGCUGCUUAACUCACCAUGCCACAGUGCCAGCUCUAGUCCAUGGGCUUUGCAUGGACAUACAUUUAUGACAUCAUAGAUUUCAUGUGACUUUUUUUAAAAAAAAGAUAUAUUUAUUUGAAAGGCAGAAUUAGAGACAGAGAGAGAAAGAGAGAGCACUUACAUCUGUUGGUUUACUCCCAAAAUGUCUGCAAUGACUGGGCUAGGCCAGGCUGAAACCAGGGGCUGGGGCUUCUUCCAGGUCUCCCACGUGGGUGCAGGGGCCAAAGGACUUGGGCCAUCAUCCACUGCUUUCCCAGGUACAUUAGCAGGGAGCUGGAUCAGAAGUGGAGCAGCUGGGACUCGAACUGGCUCCUAUGUGAGAUACCGGUGUUGCAGGCCUUGGCUUUAACUGGCAGCACCACAGCACCAGCCCCCAUGUGAUUUUUGUACCUCCAGUUCUUGUAUCUUUAAGGGCUUUCUGUUUAGUAUCAUCUCAGUGUUGGCAAAUUUUAGUGUUAAAAUCACCAAAUUGGAGAUGAGUAUAGUUCAAAUGUAUGUAUUAGGAUAUUUCAAUUUCAAUUCUUUAUAAAAGAAUAAUCACUGUACUGCAAUAUUAUUAAUCAGAAAGUCAGUCAAAGAAAAUAAACUUCAUUCCAAACAGUACACCGUUCAGUAACUGCCAAGGAAAUGGAUAGAGAAAUCACUGUUUUUUUUUAACUCAUGCCAAUUUUCCCCUUCUGCUUCACUGUUGAAACCCAGUUCUGCAAAGUGUGCUCUGGUACAGCGACAUCCAUGGGAUUUUCACCACGUCUCCCAGCCCCUGUCCAUGCUACUUCUUGUUUACUGCUAAGGAUUCUAAUGAUUUACACAUAUUCAAGAUAGGGAUAUGUUGUUUCUGUUACAUCUUCAGAGACUAUUAAAGAUACAUAUGGACAUUCCUGUGAGGAAUAGGAAAUAGUCAAUGGCUACCA